ACCUCUGAAACCUUGUGACUUGUGCGAGUACGAAGAAUCGCUUGCGCUUGCCUAACUCCUCCCCUGUUGGGUUUUCUUUCUUUCUUUUAUCUUGCCACAUUGUGGGUGGAAUGGGAGAGCGUUGAAGUGAAUUCCUUCAGCUUUUUUCUUGGUUUUCUUGGUUGUUUCUGAACUGGGUUUUGCUCAGUUCUUGAUUUUGAGAUCUGGGUUAUGGGAGUUUCUUAAAGAUUUUGUGGGUUUUGUGUUUGUGUGUAGUUUUCAGCUUGUGAGGUUGUUCAAAGCCUCUUUGGAUACUGGAAAUGGCUCCAAGAUUGGAUUUUUCCAACUGGUGGGCAAAAGAUACCCGGACGGGAAACCCGGUGGUAGUGACAAUGGAGAACCCCAACUUCUCCGUCGUGGAGAUUGACGGUCCAGAUGCUGCGUUCCGGCCGGUGGAGAAAAGCCGCGGCAGGAAUGCCAGGCAGGUCACCUGGGUCUUGCUUCUCAAGGCCAAUCGUGCUGUCGGUUGCGUCGCCUGGCUCGCCACCGCCCUCUGGGCAUUGCUCGGAGCCAUCAAGAAGAGGCUGAUUCACAGGCAAGGUGUGAAGAUGGCGAGUGAGAAGUUGGGGAAGGGGAAAUUGAUUUUCAGAGUCAUUAGAGCGUUCCUAUUCACUGCCUUGGCCAUCCUGUUCUUUGAGGUUGCUGCCUACUUGCAAGGCUGGCAUUAUUUUGAGAAUCCCAGUUUGCACAUUCCUCGGACUUCUGAUUUGCAAGGCUUCCUCCACACUGUUUAUGUUGCUUGGUUGACAUUCCGGGCUGAUUACAUUGCUCCCCCAAUUCAAGCACUCUCUAACUUCUGUGUUGUUCUCUUUCUUAUCCAAUCCGUGGACCGUAUGGUACUUUGCUUAGGUUGCUUCUGGAUAAAAUACAAGAAGAUUAAGCCCAGGAUUGAGGGGGAUCCCUUCAAGUCGGAUGAUGUGGAGGGUGCGGGCUAUGAGCAUCCCAUGGUUCUUGUUCAAAUUCCAAUGUGUAAUGAGAGGGAGGUCUAUGAGCAGUCUAUCUCUGCAGUGUGCCAACUUGAUUGGCCAAAGGACCGUUUUCUGAUUCAAGUUCUUGACGAUUCUGAUGAUGAGAGUAUUCAAUGUUUAAUUAAGGCAGAGGUUUCAAAAUGGAAUCAAAAAGGCAUCAACAUAAUCUAUCGGCAUCGCUUGGUUAGAACUGGUUACAAAGCUGGGAAUCUCAAGUCUGCAAUGGGCUGUGAUUAUGUUAAGAGUUACGAGUUUGUUGCGAUUUUUGACGCAGAUUUCCAGCCUAAUCCAGAUUUUCUUAACCAAACUGUGCUGCAUUUCAAGGACAAUCCUGAACUAGCUUUGGUUCAGGCUAGAUGGGCUUUUGUGAACAAGGAUGAGAACUUGUUGACUCGUCUCCAAAACAUUAAUCUGUGUUUCCACUUUGAGGUGGAACAGCAGGUUAAUGGGGUAUUCCUUAAUUUCUUUGGUUUCAAUGGAACUGCUGGUGUCUGGAGAAUCAAAGCCCUGGAGGAGUCUGGAGGCUGGCUUGAAAGGACAACUGUAGAGGAUAUGGAUAUAGCUGUCCGAGCCCAUCUCAAUGGUUGGAAGUUCAUCUUCCUUAAUGACGUAAAGGUCCUUUGUGAAGUUCCCGAGUCAUAUGAAGCGUACAGGAAGCAGCAGCAUCGCUGGCAUUCUGGUCCAAUGCAACUUUUUAGAUUGUGUCUUCCAGCAAUUAUAACUUCUAAGAUAUCGGCAUGCAAGAAAGCAAACAUGAUACUGCUAUUCUUUCUGUUGAGGAAACUUAUCCUUCCCUUUUAUUCCUUCACAUUGUUCUGCGUAAUUCUUCCUUUAACCAUGUUUGUCCCAGAGGCUGAGCUUCCUGUGUGGGUCAUUUGUUAUGUGCCUGUUUUUAUGUCGUUCCUCAACAUUCUUCCAGCCCCUAAAUCCUUCCCCUUCAUUGUUCCUUACCUACUAUUUGAGAACACCAUGUCUGUUACAAAAUUCAAUGCAAUGGUAUCUGGACUGUUCCAGUUGGGUAGCUCUUAUGAGUGGGUUGUCACCAAGAAGGCCGGUAGGUCAUCAGAAUCCGAUUUACUGGCUGCUGCUGAAAGGGAAUCGAAAACAAUGACUCAACCACAGAUCUAUAGAGGAGCUUCUGAGAGCGAGCUUUCUGAGUUGAACCAAAUUAAGGAACAGAAAGAAGCGGUUCGAGUUCCUCUUAAGAAAGUUAACAAGAUAUAUAGGAAGGAGCUUGCUCUGGCAUUCCUUUUGCUCACGGCUUCUGUGAGAAGCCUGUUAUCUGAACAAGGAGUCCACUUCUACUUCCUGCUUUUCCAAGGGGUGACCUUCCUUCUUGUGGGUCUUGAUCUAAUUGGGGAGCAGAUGAGCUAAUAAUGAAGGGGACCAAGACAAAGGAGGAGAAAUAAAAACCAUUCUUCUGAUUCGAUACAGUCAAUUUGCAUUUUAGCAGCACUGAUCCGUGUGGGCAGCGCAGGCGAGGAAGUUUGAUCCUUUGGCAUCUGGGGAUUAAGGGGUAACCCUUAAUUCAAUAAAAUGAAUUUGUUGUAUUCCUCAUUCGAUUCAAGUAAUCGAUAGGGGGGAUUUCUCUGUUUUACCGAUCACUCUCCAUACGAUAUUCAUGAUUUUCAGUUUUCCUCAUUCCAUAGGGCAUUGGUCAUUGUAAUCUUCCAUAGUUACUGAAUUGUUGUUUGUUAUGGGUAGGAAUAGUAUUAGAAUACUCUAUUUUCUUUAAUUUUAUUAUAGUUGACAUCAACUCUUGCUUGUGCGUGAUUUGGCAUCUCCUAAUCAAGCCAUAGUGUAUUUGUACUUUGUAGAAUGCAAGAGGUUGAGUAGAGUCUAAGGAUGAGAUUGCUCCAUGCUUUCUGGUUUAUACUUGCAUAGAUUUUUUUUUUUCUUCUUCAAUGAGUGAACCUUGUAAAACAUCAUCUUUCUGUACAUUUAUUAUGGUUUAUUUAAAGUAAUGAAUAAUUUCUCCUUGCCUCUCUC